CGGAAAUGUCAUGAGAGAUCGAUUGGUGUUUAGUGUUGGUUCGAUAAACGAGCGAUUAACCUACUAAUAGCGGUUCUUCUUCUUUGCAUUAAGAUUCUUUGUAACGUUUGAUUCCAGCAGUUUAUCAGUUUGCAGUCUGAUGUUGAUAGACACAAAGGUAUUAUGCCAGGGUUAGAUUUAAAGUUUCUGGAGAGACCGAGGAGGAGGUUUUAUUGUCCUCUGUGUGAAAAGCCGAUGCGGGACCCCGUGCAGAUGUCCACCUGCGGACACAGAUUCUGCGACACCUGCCUGCAGGAGUACCUCAGUGAAGGUGUGUUCAAGUGCCCAGAGGACCACCUGCCGCUGGAUUAUGCCAAAAUUUUUCCAGAUGUGGAGCUGGAACAGCAGAUUCUUUCCCUGCCCAUCCGCUGCAUCCACAGCGAGGAGGGCUGCCGCUGGACUGCACAGAACAAGCUCCUGCAGGCCCAUUUGUCCGUGUGUGAGUUUAACGUGGUGUCAUGUCCAAACCGCUGCACUGUGAAGCUGCUGCGACGUGAACUGCCGGAGCACCUGCAGCAUGACUGCGUGAAGAGAAAACUACACUGUGACCACUGCGGUGACGAGUUCACUGGGGAGGCAUAUGAGAAUCACCAGGGUGUUUGUCCAGAAGAGAGUGUGUACUGUGAGAAUAAAUGUGGGGCUCGUAUGGUGCGGAGACUCUUGGCCCAGCACUCUGUGUCCGAGUGUCCCAAACGCAAACUGCCCUGCAGAUACUGCAAAAAAGAGUUCCUCUAUGACACUAUUCAGCAUCAUCAGCAGCAGUGUCCAUGCUUCCCUAUGCAGUGUCCUAACAGAUGCGGCACACCAGGAAUCGCUCGAGAGACUUUAAUGGCACAUGUGAAGGAAGGAUGCAGCACUGCGAUGGUACUUUGCCCGUUUAAGGAGGCUGGCUGCAAACAUAGGGUAUGAUCUACUACCAAUAACUAUCUGCGAUAACCGAUAAAUUUAAAUUCAGUACUAUUUUGUAGGGGUGUAAUCUCAAUUCAAAAAUGC